AUGCCAGAAAUCGCCGAAGUUGCGCGAGCCGUGCACCACAUACGAAAAAACCUCGUUGGUAAAACGUUGGCCAUCGUGAAAGCUCAAGAUGACGCCAAUGUCUUUGGCAAGGUCGGGACAAGUGCUGCCGAAUUCCAAAAAGCAUUGACUGGGAAGAAAGUAGAUGAUUAUGUCCUCGCCGCCACAUCCGGUAUUUCACUUCGGCAUGACGGAUCGAAAGAUGAGGGUGAAAAGGAGGUUUGGCCACCAAAGUUCUCAAAGUUUUCACUACAAACUGCAGAGGAACCAAAGGUCGAUGCUGCAUUCACAGAUUCGCGGAGGUUUUCGAGAAUCAGACUAGUAGAUUGUGUUGCUGGAGCCAUUCGAAACACGACCCCUCUCAAAGAAAAUGGCCCAGAUCCUGUAAUCGACAAAGAUAUCCUUACAGCUGAGUGGCUCGAGCAGAAGCUGAACAAGAAACAAGUGCCUAUAAAGGCAUUGUUACUUGACCAAGCGAACAUUAGCGGGAUUGGGAACUGGGUCGGCGACGAAAUAUUAUACCGCGCAAGACUUCAUCCUGAGCAAUAUAGCAAUACAUUCAGUUCUGAAGAGAUCAAGCGAUUGCAUGCUUCGAUGAUGUACAUUUGUCAAACAGCGGUAGACUUGUUGGCAGACUCGUCCAAGUUUCCCGAUGAUUGGAUGUUUAAGCAUCGAUGGGGAAAGGGAAAGAAAGAUGGCCCGACAGCGUUACCAAAUGGGGAGAAAAUUACAUUUCUUACCGUUGGUGGACGAACGUCUUGUGUGGUGCCAAGUGUACAGAAGAAAACGGGGCCCGUCGCCGGCGAUAUAAAGAAAGGAAAUGGAUCCGGUGAUGGUAUGACCUCCGAGGAUAUUCCAGUGAAAAAACAAAGCUCGAGGAAGAGGAAGGCCGCUAUGGUAUCCACGAACUUCGAAGAGUUUGAUGAAGAUGCCACAGACCCAAAAAAGUCAAAAGCAAAGGCUCAGAAAUCCACCCAAGUGAAAGAAAAGAUUUCGGGUGAUGGUGCGGGGAAUAUCGCCACGAAGGCAGUCAAGCUGACUAAGAGGAAGACGUCAAAAUCUACCGAAUCAAAGGCGAUGGAGGGCAUUGCACCAGUUCAACCAAGGCGUAGAUCUGGUCGUCAUGUGAAGACUGAUGGCGUCCAGGAUUGA